AAGAACCGCCGCCGCCCACGGCUUGCCGCUGCGGAAGGGACCUCCCCUUUAACGGCGGCAGCUCGGUGCUCCGCUGCCCCCGCGGCGGCUGCUGCUGCGGCUGCUGCUGCUCCUGCAGCUCCUGCAGCUCCUGCUGCUCCUGCUGCCGCUCGGCCUCCGGCAGCUGCAUCCUCGGCCCGGCCGGGUCCCCGCCCCGCGUUGCGCCCGGCCCCGCCAUGGUGUCCUGGAUCAUCUCUCGCCUGGUGGUGGGCUGAUGCAGAGCUGGGAGGGAGAGGCCACUGCCCUUGUCCGAUGGGCCCAGUAACCAUGCCUGCCUCCCUAGGCUCAUCUUUGGCACCCUGUACCCAGCCUAUUCUUCCUACAAGGCCGUGAAGACAAAAAACGUGAAGGAAUAUGUGAAAUGGAUGAUGUACUGGAUCGUCUUUGCCUUCUUCACCACAGCUGAGACACUCACGGAUAUAGUGCUCUCCUGGUUCCCCUUCUACUUUGAGCUCAAGAUCGCCUUUGUGAUAUGGCUGCUGUCCCCCUACACCAAGGGCUCCAGCGUGCUCUACCGCAAGUUCGUGCACCCAACGCUGUCCAACAAAGAGAAGGAGAUUGAUGAGUACAUCACACAGGCUCGAGACAAGAGCUAUGAGACCAUGAUGAGAGUAGGCAAGAGGGGCCUCAACCUGGCCGCCAAUGCUGCAGUCACAGCUGCCACCAAGGGCCAGGGGGUGCUGUCAGAGAAGCUCCGAAGCUUCAGCAUGCAAGACCUGACCCUGAUUAGAGAUGAGGAUGCACUGCCCCUGCAGGGGCCUGAUGGCCGCCUCCGACCUGGCCCUGGUAGCCUCCUGGACACCAUCGAGGACUUAGGAGAUGACCCUGCCCUGAGCUUAAGAUCUAGCACAAACCAGGCAGAUCCCCGGACAGAGACCUCUGAGGAUGACAUGGGAGACAAGGCUCCCAAGAGGGCCAGAUCCAUCAAAAAAGUGCCCAAAGCUGAGCCACUGACUUCCAAGACACUGAAGACUCGGCCCAAGAAGAAGACCUCUGUUGGGGGUGACUCAGCCUGAGGUCUUCCACCCCACAGGGUGCAGAGCAAGGAGGAAGCCUCAGAAAGGGCUCAGCCCCAGCCCCUGCUCCACACUGUGCCAGUAGCCCAGGUGUCCCAGGCCCCUGUGGCCCUUCUGCUAUCUCUGGUGCCUGCCCAGUGGCCACUCCUCUGGAAGGGGCUUGGAAAAGAGGAGGGGGGCCCAGCUGUGGGGGUUGAAGGUAGAUGCUGGAUCAGGGACUGAGGUCUGGGCUGCCCAUGGAGGUAGGGGCUCCUCAGCCCACCCCACUGCUCUCCCUGCUCCAGCCCUGCCCCCACCCACCCAGUGCCUUGCUGAAGACCACGGCCACCCCCUUCUCUAAGGUCCUACAUGCUCCCACUGCUUGUGGUGGUGGAAGCCAGUCACAGCUCAGGUGGACCAAGAAUGGGCCUAAAGGCACCUGAAAAGGGGAGCAAACAGGGAAGGUCUCAAGAAACUUGGGCAGGGCCUCUAAGCCACAGCUAUGAGUAGAGAGGAGUGUUAGCAUGUGCUUAGUGACCAGGAUGGCCAGGCCAGAGCUGCAGCGGGGGGCUCUUUUCCUGGGCAUUGGGUAGGGCUGUAUGCUACAUGUCCUCACAUAAAGAUGUGGGAGUGCCAAGGUGUUUAUGUGUCUGUCUGUCUGGGUGUAGGGCUGGGGGCAGUUUGUGUGAAGAAUUCACCCUCUAGUGGUCCCCUCCUCCCACCCCCAGUAUCUGAGCUUAAGUGGA